AUGGCCCGUCGCCUGGCUGUUGGAUCAUCGAGACAGGGCCACAUGUUCAUGUGUCCACGACAGAAAUGCACAAUUCUGUUGCAAAAUGACUUUAAUUGGAAUCUUUGGGACCCAGCCACAGAUCCCCUGGCUGAGACGGUCAAUAUACUUCAACUGUAUCCAGGACCAACACACGCCAUACUGGAGGAACUCAAGAAGCCUGUGGACACCCACUACCAGAACAAGAAGCUGUGCUUGGGUAUGAGGCGCGGCUGGAAGGAGCUGGCAGAGGACAGGCUUAAUUUUACCAACACCCUGGCGAACACUUCCAUUGCCAGGCAAUUAGAUCCAGGUCUGGAGAAAUCCCAAUCACGCAGCCCCUAG